AUGCUCUUGACGCCCCUCCGCACAACACGCCUCUCCUCAACCUUCCAAACCCGCCCCUCACCACCCAAACUGCCCGCCGACCAACAAGCGGAAUUCGAGCGUCUCCAGCGCGCAGCCUCUGUAUCAUCCGCCUUCCAGCCCGAAGAAACACCCGCUGCCACCACACCUGCCACAUCGCAAGUUCGUCACACGACUACGCCUGAGAAGACAGAUGAUGUAAACGUUGGCUUGUUCCGUGGCGCGCCGCCUGAGUUUGAGGGUGAUACGAAUCCCAAGACCGGAGAGGUUGGAGGGCCCAAGAAUGAGCCUUUGAGAUGGGGCGGAGAGGGCGAUUGGUCUUACAACGGACGAGUUACAGAUUUCUAG